AUGAAGGCAAACGAAAGGACCGUCCUGAUAGGGAGAAAGGUCGUUCUUGUUCCUUAUGAAGAAGGCCACGUUGCUGUUAGUACACGACUAAUACUAUUGAAAUAUCAUGCAUGGAUGGAGAACGACGAACUGCGAUCUCUCACGGCAAGUGAAAGACUUACGCUGGAAGAAGAGUUUGACAUGCAGCGAAAGUGGCGGGCAGACGACGAUAAACUGACGUUCAUCAUUCUGGCGAGAGACGAGAGAGACCCCCUUCUUGAUGAUCAGAAAGAUGUGAUGCCCUCGGAUCCUCGGAUUCUGUCUCUUGCCAUGGCUGGAGAUGUCAACAUCUUCUUGAAUGGAGCGCCUGAGGACGAGGAUGAAUUCGCGGCUGAAGUGGAGAUCAUGAUUGCUGAGCCAGUUUAUCGACGUAAUGGACUUGCCUUAGAAGCACUCCAAUUGAUCCUUCAGUACGCGACGGCAAACAAAUUCUUUCCAGAUGGGUCUUCGGUACCGGCAUCUUUCCCGAAGUCCUCGCCUCUACCAGUUCCACUGUCCUCUCUUGUUGCUCGAAUCGGCGAGACCAAUCUACCCAGUAUACAACUGUUUGAAAAGUUAGGAUUCAAAAUCACGAAGCAUAUAGAAGUAUUUAACGAAGUGGAAAUGAAGCUUCGAUGUCUCCCGUAAAACCUCUCUUCGACGCAGAAGUCGCGUAUACCUCUAGAUUGUUGUAAUUCCUAGCUUUUCCCAGAGUUGAUCCACUUCGAUCUUGAAACGUUCGCCACAAUAUGCCGCAAUUCGCUCCGUCUCAGUAGACGGGGCCCUCGACCCAAGAUAGUUGUCCUAGUAACUGCUCAUAUUUCCAGGAACAUAGGCACCAGGUAGGAUGGAGCCAUGCGGAUCACGAGUGUGUAUAAACAAAAAUCUCUCCAAUCCACGCCCCAUUCUGUUCGGACCCCAUAGACUAACAACGCGGUGCUCCGCAGUAGCACGUCUGAUAUGGCCGAGAUUCAGCUUCAGAG